AGUGAGACAGGAGCAGCUGGGCGCGGAGCUGCCUGCAACACCUCUCCCCUCUCUGAAAACUUCAACCAACAAUUCAGGUUUAGUCUGCUUUUCUUUUAAUUGUGUGUGUAUGGACAGUGUAUUGGAGUUUCGUUUGAUGGCUGUGCACUAUCAGAAAAACUGGCUUUGGUGGAGAAGAGUAUAUGUGUAUAUGUGGACGAAAUGAAGUUUUUGGAGGGUUUUUGGAGGGUUUCUGGUCGUUGGACUUCUGGUGCACCUGGGCCCCGCAGGUUGUUGCAAUGAAUUCUUGUGAUCUUUUUGAACGCCUGGUGUAAUUUUCUUUAAAGCGCACAGAGCCACAGCCUCCCCAUUAUGGAAAACCUCACCAUGAAUAACGUGACUGUGGAGAAUGACACGUCGGUGCAGGGCAAUCAAACCCUGGGUGUUUGGACUGACUACACAGUUGAAUACAAAGUGGUCAGCGUGCUUUUGGUGUCCCUUAUAUGCGGGUUGGGGAUUGUGGGGAAUGUGAUGGUGAUACUGGUUGUUCUGACCACCAAACACAUGCGGACUCCCACCAACUGUUACCUGGUGAGUCUGGCUGCGGCUGACCUGAUGGUCCUGACGGCCGCCGGGCUGCCCAACAUCACCGACGCACUGCACGGACAGUGGGUGUACGGUUACGCGGGCUGCCUGGGGAUCACUUAUUUUCAGUAUCUGGGGAUAAACGCGUCCUCCUGCUCCAUCACCGCCUUCACCGUGGAGCGCUACAUCGCCAUCUGCCACCCCAUCAAAGCGCAAUUCCUGUGCACUUUAUCCAGGGCGAAGAAAAUCAUCAUGCUGGUGUGGGCGCUCACCUCCGUCUACUGCGUCAUGUGGCUCUUUCUGUCAGACACGCAAAAGUUGGUGUAUAACAACGUGGUGCUGCUCAGCUGCGCCUACAAGGUGUCCAGGAGUUACUACCUGCCCAUUUACUUCACAGAUUUCGCGGUGUUUUACGUGCUGCCUCUCAUGCUGGCCACAGUUCUGUACGGACUGAUCGCCCGGAUACUUUUCCUGAACCCGCUGCCUUCAGACCCAAAGGACAGCACCAAGAAGUGGAAGAAGGAGGCGAGUCAGGGUGGGAGGAUGUUCAGCACCUGCUCCUCCAGCAGCACCACGGCUGCCUCCCGCAGACAGGUGACAAAGAUGCUGGCUGUGGUGGUGAUCCUCUUCGCCUUACUUUGGAUGCCCUACCGGACCUUAGUGGUGGUCAACUCCUUCCUGGACAAGCCCUACCUGGACACCUGGUUCCUGCUCUUCUGCCGUCUCUGCAUCUACCUAAACAGUGCCAUCAACCCAGUCAUCUACAACGCCAUGUCCCAGAAGUUCCGUGCUGCUUUUAAGAAAUUGUGUCACUGCGGCCCUCAGCGUAUGGAGAAACCAGCUUCUUACAGUGUGGCGCUAACCUACAGUGUCAUCAAGGAGACGUCCAACGGGGAAAGUCCCGACCACUUCACUACAGAAAUGGAUGAACUAAACACGCCGACAGAUCAGUAUCUACCCGCCAGCAUCCUGCCAAGUGCCAAGAAGAUGCCGUUCGCAGAGCCUUGUCUGUCAGGGAGUGAUGUCAAAGCCUGACUAUAAAAUACUUUCCACCUAAAGAGGAUAGCAGAGACUCUGACAGCUGCAGUAUGGAUUCAGUCACCCAUGGGAAAUUUUAGAGAAGUUUUAAUGAAAAGUACCCUCACAUCUCUAAUUUAAUUUCACCAAGGUAUUUUCUCUUAAAAAUGUUUAUUUUAUUUGACAAGACAAGUUGCCAAAGGCCAAAUAGGAUGAGCUGACUUUUAGCAUUUUAUACAAAAUAAGUGCAGGGAGCUUUCAUGAAUCUUGAAGAAACACAGUUUAUUGACACAUUGACACAGGAAACUGAAACUGAAUUGACAUACAGUACAACAAUAUGUAACCCUUAAUGGCGGGAAAAUAUUUUAUCUCAAUAUUUAUAGAAAUAUUUAUCAAGAUAUGUAUGUUGAUCUUAAGAUUAUGUAGCAGGAUGCAGAACAAGAAAAUUGAUCAAGAACUGUGUAAGCUGCAGAUAGAAUAUCUAUUUAUAUUUAUACAUUAUAUAAAAAUAAAGAUAAAGUCACCAAUUAUGUCAGACUAUCCCUACACUGUGUGAAAUGUUUACAGCCAUGAAACUUAUAUCUUCGUCAGUUACAUUCAUCAAUUAAACUAGUAAUGUUACAGUUUGUUGUGGGAGUUUUUAUCUUGAGAGUCUCGCUACUUGUUAAUUACUGGUGACAGUAAUUAAACGCCGCCACCCACUGACAGUGCUUCAGGUUUAAAUUAGUUCCUUGUAUUUCCCAUCUUCCCUUUGACAGUAUGCAUCACCUAUACUGUUUAUUUCAUGUCACACUCAAAAUGACAUUAGCCUAGCACUGUUUGGGACUAACUUUGUGGUAGGGGUGGGCAGACCAAUAUCAAAAUAUUGAUUCAAUUGAAUUUACGUUUUAAUUGUGAAGCUCGAUCAUAGCAUCAAGAGGAUCAGUACAAAAAAACUGUCAAGCAAUGUUUUGUUGUCAUGAAUGCAUCAAGUGCAUGUACUGUUUUUGUGUUGUGUGCACGCAGACAGCAGCACACUGCAGCGUGCACCUUGACUAGUUUCACCCAAAACAUAAUUGCAGUGAUGGCUUGAUGAAAGAAGAAAAAAAACAAAACACGAGAAAGGGAACUUGGAGCUGCCACCAGAAAGAAAGGAGGAAAAGGUAAAAUGCCUCAGCAUCCUUGCCUCCAACACAGAGAAAGAGUUCACUGACAGAAUCUUUCAGAGAAGCUCAGGAAAGGAAUAUCCACGUAUAAAGAAGUGAAAUUAAUAUUUUAGUCAAAUCAAAUCUUCAGCAUCAUUGGUUGUUACUUUAGCAGACUGAUUAUUCACUUCAUAAAUCAUGACACACUGCUUUACCCUGCAUGAAAGUACACUUUUAAUAAUAUAAAGUAUUGAAUCAGUAUCAAUAUUGGUGAUUCUAUCCCUGUUUUAUAUGGUAUUGGAUCGUAACCAAGUUUUAAGGUAUCGUCCACCCCUACUGUAGGGCCCAACAGGACCAAGUAGCCAAAGUAAUGCUGGUUUCUCCUCAGCACCUCUUGACCAUUUAAGGUUGUUGUGGUAGUGGCUGCCUAACUUCUAAUACCAAAACAGUGGCAUGUGAUGUGUUUAGCUAACUCAGCUAACCCUGCUGUGCGUAUCUCAGUUUGUAAAAGGCUACCAUAUGACCACUGGGGUUUUUUUCGAUAACAAGUUGUGUAAGGGAUUACAAUUUCAAAUUCGGUAGUAUACAUUAUAAAUUACCAAUCCCAGUAACGCUGUUACUUUGACAGAGUGGGGGUCGAUUUGUUUUUCAAUAGUUUGAUAGACAGGUGAAAUUAGUCGGGUCGCUGUGAAUUUUUGCUGUUGAGUAGUUAGUAAUGUACCUUAAAUAAAUGAUGUAGGGGUGUAACAGUAUAUAGGUCACGGUCCGGUUCAUACCAUGGUUUAGGAUUCACGUCAGGUGUGAGUUUGGUAGAGCAGAAAAAAAACCCCAAAUGCAUAAGGAUAUGUUUCUUCUCAUUAAUUUUGAACAGACAGUUUCAGACAGACACAAUCUUCCUGCUGACGAUUGAGGUAACAUUUGUUUAUUAGCAACUUUGAUAAACUAUUUUCAUUGCAAAAAUAAGGAACAUUCAAAACACUGUAUGUACACAGAACAACCUUUCCCAAAAGGCAACAGGUCACAACAUGCUUUAAACUGAGAGGCACUGGAACUGGUGAUUGGCAAAUUGGCGACGCUGUCAAAAGUGCGUCACAUAAGUUACCCUACAAUGGUGGAGAAAUGCCGACACACUGUUGUUGACCUCACAACUUUCUCCGUUGCUGUCGUAGCUAACUGGCAACCCGCAGGCAGUUUUCCAGCUUCAGUGAUUCAGUUUCUCUCUCCAUAGUGUGACUGACUUGCCCACCAGUCUGCUUGUUGUGCUAACCUUAGCAUACCAUAAAACAUGAAUUAAUAGCUCAGGCUAUUAUUUGCUUAAAUCACUGAAAUCAACAGGUCUGUCUUUGGAACAGGUGUCUGUAUGGGACAGGCCUUUAAUUCCUCUCACACUAGACUUAAUCAGCAAAGACCAGGAGUAAAAUCAAAUUGUUUAUAUAAAUCAGUAUGAAUGUUACUUGUCUAAAAAUUAGGCUUCAGAUAAUAUAUAAAUUAUGAAUCAUUAAUUUGAUCUAGCUCCAACAGACAACACAUCAGAGAGUUACGGCACCCGGCACACCGACACAACAACACUUUAUCCUGUUAAAACUCACAACUUGGAUUCAUUUUUAUGAAAAACCCUUUUGAUCCUUUUGACCUGAGGACCCUAUGGACUAAAGGAAUAUGAAUAACUUAGAGGGUAAUCAAGGAAUGUACACAUAAUUUGAGGUAGCAAACAACUUGGUUUAUACAUCCGAAGAACAUCUGUAAAAGAAAAAAAAAGAACUGCUCUGCAACCAGUCCAGGUGCCUAAUUGAGCCAGGCCUUUAUUUGUCAAAAUGUGAAGCCACACCGGGCUAGUAAAAGGGACUGGGCGUUUAACUGAAGUUUUACGGUAUGUUGCUAGCGUUGCAUUAUGCUCAUUAAGUACUGUGUAUUCUGCAUGCACAGGACCCCCAUACGGAGAUGUUUUAGUACGAAUACAUGAACUGUAACAGCCCUAAUGUAAUGUGUAAAUUAAAACAUUUUUCAUUGGAUAUGGCUGGUUAGAGAUAUACUGUCUUUGUUUCUGUGUUGGGACUUGGUAAAAGUAUGUCAUCAAGCAGUCUGAUUCAUGUGUUUAUAUUCCCCAUCUGGAUGCCAUAGACUUACAUUAACAUGGUAUCCAGGUUUGACUUCACAGUCUCUCCUCUUGGUUCAUUGACCUCCCCAUCAGAAACCAUAUCACUCAAAUGAAUCCAAAUGCACAACACUGUGAAUUUUAAUCCCGGCACCAGAGAGAGAGCACAGAAAUAGAAUCACACGACCUUUUUAAAGGCUCCAAGUAAAGAAAAGAACAGAUAUUACAGGCACUCAUUUAAACCUGCAGUUUCAGUUUAAAACCUGAAUGAUUUCUGCAGGGAAUUAAAAGUGACAGACACACCAAAGCUUAUAGUUGCUUGGUCACUGUGAAGACAGCCACUGUGGAGCCUGUGAGAAGCCUGUGAAGGUCAGUAGCCAGUGUAUUCUAAUGAGGAAGAAAUGUGCAACCCUGAUGUGCAGACAGAGGGGCUGUUCGUCAAAGGGUCAGAUAACUGUCGUGGCAGUAAUUCACUGAUAUUGCCUGAGACUGCAGAGUGCAGCACUUUUCUGCGAUUUAUCUGCUCAGCAAAACCCACAGAGCAAUGAUGAAAUGUGUAAAUAGAUUGCGACAAAGUGCCAUACUUGAGUUGGUGCAAUCCACAGUAUGUAUAUAGCUCACCCUGCUAUUAAAAGAAGCAUUUUCUGCUGUUUGUUUGAGCUGUGUAUAUGUAUAAAGUGAAGAGCACUCGGAGGGAAUGAAUACUGAGUAAACUAAAUGAGAGGGAGCUGUUUCUUAGCGAGCAGCAGGCUGGUUAUUUGGUCUAUACUGUAAAGUUGCUUGAAAUUGAUUGUGCAGUGCAAUGUGAAAUUAAUUCAAUAUCGUGUUUUCAAAUGUGUCAGCAAGUGCAUUUUUAAAAAAUAAUAGCUUGUUUUGAUCCAUUGUUCCAUCUGUGUGUUUUCUGUCAUUUCAAACCAGUCAGUGGAAGCUAAUAAGCUCCAAACUUGAAUAUGUGAGAAAGUGAAAAAAGUUUGAAGAUUGUAAAGUACCUCUCAUUCGUGCACUUUUAUUAAUCCCUCCCUUUGUUCUCAGUUGAAGCGUAUUUUUUUGGGGGGGAAAAUACCAAACAGUUGUGAUAAGGUUGUGUUUCUGUUCUGCACAGUGUGCAGUUUGCAGCAUGAACAUGAGCUUUUGUGAGGCAAACACACACAAAGAUGACAAAAUCUGAUGUAUUUUCAUCUGAGGUGAUGCUUUGUGCACAUUUCUGUCUCAAGCUUUUUUUCUGCGUUGCUGUUUGAUGGAUUGUUUCGUAUUUUGUAUUGUUCUUUGUCUUUAAUAAACAGAGACGAUAACUGCA